AAAGUCCUAGGCCUCCGCUGGGCGCCGUCAGAGAGCCGAGUGCGUCGCUGUGCGAGGACUUCCCCGACGGAGGGUCGCUGGGGCCGGCCGUACGAUCAGCAGUACACCGCGGGGUUUCCGGCUCGUCAGCGGGAUAACGCUAGUGGACGGGACAGCGCUCUCGCCGGUGUCGAGAAGACGACCGGGCCGCGACGGACCGAAGACACGUAAAGCUGAGGCGAAUACUGCUGAAGAGCCCCCGAGUCCAGCGGAAGGAGCGGCUUCUUAACGACUUUUUACCGGCGACAGACGAGAAAAAUUAAACCGAAUCCGAGACUAGAGAGAGGGUCUCCGGCGGAGGGGUCAGACACGGGGCCGCGGAGGAGAACCGGCCAGCCGGACCCCCGGGUCAAGAAAGGGGCCCGUUUGGCGGCGACGGAACCGGCCAGUGGAAAAAACCGUCCUCGCCUGGGUAAAUAAAGGGCUUUGGACUGGGUGAACCGGACGGAGCCAACCCCUGAGAGCUCAGCUGCUGGGAUUUGACGUUUGAGAGCCGGGGAGGAACCGGAUAGAGACCUCAUGAAUGGAAAUCGGAACUACAGGAGCCGUUGGGGCCCAGCCCCUGUUCUCCGUGCCACGACGCCCUGGCUAUGGCACGAUGGGGAAGCCUAUCAAGUUGCUGGCCAACUGCUUCCAGGUGGAGAUCCCCAAGAUGGACGUCUACCUCUAUGAGGUGGACAUCAAGCCUGAGAAGUGUCCACGCCGAGUCAACAGGGAAGUGGUGGAUUCCAUGGUGCAGCACUUUAAGGUGACCAUUUUUGGGGACCGCAGGCCAGUCUACGAUGGCAAAAAGAGCCUCUACACAGCCAACCCACUGCCAGUGGCUCCCACGGGGGUCGACCUGGAUGUCACUCUGCCGGGAGAGGGAGGGAAGGACCGGCCCUUCAAGGUCAGCAUCAAGUUUGUGUCGCUGGUCAGCUGGCACCUGCUUCAUGAGGUCCUGACGGGUCGUGGGAUGCCAGAACCCCUGGAGCUGGACAAGCCCAUCAGCACCAACCCGGUGCAUGCUGUGGACGUGGUCCUGCGCCACCUGCCUUCCAUGAAGUACACCCCAGUGGGCCGGUCAUUUUUCUCUGCACCAGAGGGUUACGACCAUCCCCUGGGAGGAGGGAGGGAAGUGUGGUUCGGGUUCCACCAGUCCGUGCGGCCCGCCAUGUGGAAGAUGAUGCUCAACAUUGACGUUUCCGCCACGGCCUUCUACAAAGCACAGCCUGUGAUCCAGUUCAUGUGUGAGGUCCUGGACAUCCACAACAUCGAUGAGCAGCCACGCCCCCUCACAGACUCCCAUCGGGUCAAGUUCACCAAAGAGAUUAAAGGCCUCAAGGUGGAGGUGACGCACUGUGGAACCAUGCGGAGGAAGUACCGCGUAUGUAACGUGACGCGGCGGCCAGCCAGCCACCAGACGUUCCCAUUGCAGCUGGAGAACGGGCAGACGGUGGAGCGCACUGUGGCCCAGUAUUUCCGAGAGAAAUACAGCUUACAGCUCAAGUACCCCCACCUGCCCUGCUUGCAGGUGGGCCAAGAGCAGAAGCACACCUACCUGCCCCUGGAGGUGUGUAACAUUGUGGCGGGGCAGCGCUGCAUCAAGAAACUGACAGAUAAUCAGACCUCCACCAUGAUCAAAGCCACAGCGCGCUCUGCACCUGACAGACAGGAGGAGAUAAGCAGGCUGGUGAGUGCGGAGGUGAAGCGGGUAGGAGACACCCUACUGGGAAUGGCCACCCAGUGCGUCCAGGUGAAGAACGUGGUGAAGACGUCCCCCCAGACCCUGUCCAACCUCUGCCUCAAGAUCAACGUCAAGCUGGGCGGCAUCAACAACAUCCUGGUGCCACAUCAGCGACCCUCAGUGUUUCAACAGCCAGUCAUUUUCCUGGGGGCUGAUGUGACACACCCCCCUGCAGGGGAUGGGAAGAAGCCGUCCAUUGCAGCUGUGGUGGGCAGUAUGGACGCCCACCCCAGCCGCUACUGCGCCACAGUGCGGGUCCAGCGGCCCCGGCAGGAGGUGAUCCAGGACCUGGCUUCCAUGGUGCGCGAGCUGCUGAUCCAGUUUUACAAGUCGACCCGCUACAAGCCCACGCGCAUCAUCUUCUACAGGGACGGCGUGUCAGAGGGCCAGUUCCGACAGGUGCUCUAUUACGAGCUGCUGGCCAUCCGCGAGGCCUGCAUAAGUUUGGAGAAGGAAUAUCAGCCAGGCAUCACCUACAUCGUGGUGCAGAAACGCCACCACACGCGGCUCUUCUGCGCCGACCGCAACGAGAGGGUUGGACGUAGCGGAAACAUUCCUGCCGGCACAACCGUGGACACGGAUAUCACCCAUCCCUACGAGUUUGACUUUUACCUCUGCAGCCAUGCUGGAAUACAGGGCACCAGCCGCCCCUCACAUUACCACGUCCUGUGGGAUGACAACUGCUUCACGGCCGACGAGUUCCAGCUGCUCACCUACCAGCUGUGCCACACCUACGUGCGCUGCACGCGCUCCGUCUCCAUCCCCGCGCCCGCCUACUACGCCCACUUGGUGGCGUUUCGAGCCCGAUACCACCUGGUGGACAAGGAGCAUGACAGUGCUGAAGGCAGCCACGUCUCCGGGCAGAGCAACGGCCGGGACCCCCAGGCGCUGGCCAAAGCCGUCCAGAUCCACCACGACACCCUGCGGACCAUGUACUUCGCCUGAGAGGCCCCUCUUCAGCCCCCCCCCCCCCCGCCCCCCAUUACAC